AUGCCGAAUGCAAUCGAUCAAGAUUUACAAUCAUUGCCAUCUGGUGUUAUUAAUACAUAUCUUAGUCAAGCAGAAGAACUUGUAAAUUUACAUAAGGUUAUUGAAUCGAAUGAUUUGAUUUUAUCAGAGAUUGGAGAUAUUAAAGAUAUGCCAGAAACUCAUAUCACUACACAACAACUAUCAAGAGCACUAUAUGGUAUUAAUAAAGAUGAUAUAAAUGAAGAUUAUAUCAAUUAUAUAGAAGCAUUAGAUGACUUUAUGUCGAGUGAAGCUAUGUUUGCUCAAGAUAUGGCAAUUUAA